CGGUUCUUCUCCAGGAAAAGAAAGCAACGAGGUGAAGAAGCGACUGCAAAACAACGACAUCGGUUCUUCUCCACUCCAACGACUUCGGUUCUUCGGUGAAUCUCAGUUCUAUCGAAGGUGAGUUUUCAUGUUUCAUCUUUCUCCUGCAAAACAAUGACAUUGGUUCUUCUAGACUUCUCCUACCGAUUUCAUCUUUUGAAAUCUGUUUUCUUUUCUUCUCCAAUUGACUAGAACCAAAACCAUUCAGGAAUCGUGGUGUGGCCUUCUAUUCCAAUGUCAAUCAACAAAUGAAGAAAAGAUUUUCUAAAAGUAGCUACAUUAAUUCUUGAAACAGGAAAUAAUAAAAAAAACAUGUGAUCCUAUACAUGGAACCAUUGCUUGAUCUAGUUCUUGAUGCAGAUAACACUACAUCAAGUACCACAAAGAAGCUUUUACUGAAUUAGGCACCCAAAACCAUCAAUUACAUCUUUUAAAGCCCGUAUGAUGCACAAUAGAAGUAAAACAAUGAUGGUUGAAGAACACCAACUUAAAUGCAUAUAGCCAUUGUUGUUUGCAUUUAUAGCCUAAUUGAUAUAAUUAUGAAGUUCAAAUAAAAUAAGGCAUACACUAAUCAGAUAAACUAAGAACAUGAUGAAAGGCUUAAAGCAUUCUGGAAGAAUACAUGUAUCAAUUAAUUGUCGGGAACAUUUACAUCCAAAUGGGUAUUUAAACUUUGUGGUUGUUUGUUAUGUUUAGAUUAAACUUUGUGGACAUCAAAUUAUUGGUAUUACAUGUCUAUGCAGUAUGCAGGAAAGUAAAAAUAUAUGGAAAAAAACCGGGACUGGUUUUAAAACAUUGAAUGCAGGGCAACGAUGGGAGAUUUUGUGAUCCUAAAAAUCAUAGAUGCAGGGCUCCAUGGCUUCUUCCGUAUUUUCUCUUCCUUGGUUAUUUACAACGCUCAAAGCUCAAAGACAAAGACUCGCCCUUCUUCCAUGUCCUAAUUUCAUUCAACCUGACUUAACCUUCAAAUUUCUCAGAUUAGGGAUUUCUUAUUCAAAAAGAAAGGAAUCAAGACUUGUGAUUUCUUGUUUGGUUGAAAAUAAUCCUGAAGCGUGUCAAGAAUCGGAAGGAUCUUCUGGCUCUCAUGAAUCAAAUCUCGGAGCAACAAUAGACCUCAAACUCUCAAGAAGAAGCUUGUUAUUACAUUUUACCUGCAAUUCUUGUAGUGAAAGAUCAAAAAAGCUCAUAAACAUAUUAGCUUAUGAAAAGGGUCAGUUUUUGUACAGCUACAAUUGGAUCCAAGUUUAAAGAUAAAUAGUGGGUGGUGUGGGGUGGUCUUUCCAUUAUUUCGACCAUUUUAGCCCUGUUUGAUUUUUAUGGUGUGGGGAUGUUUUGGUGCCAUAUGCUUAAACGUUCCAUCCACGGUUCAUCUGUUUUUUUAUGACCCGGUGCUUUCAGAUUUCAAGGUUGUUGGUGGGAGAGGUUUCCAAUACUUUGACCAUUUUACCCUUGUUGGUUGGGUUUUUAUGUAUAGCUAUUAGUUCUCAGUUAUUACUAUUGGAAAAUGUAUCUAUUUUUUUUGUCAAUAUAAUCCACCACUUGGAUUCUAGCAAAUGUUUUGAGUUUUGGUAUAGUGCAAUUAACCUCAGUUUAAUAAUAAUUCAUUUUAAUUCA